CGUGCUUCUGUCUCAGCGACAACAUGGCGCCGUCCAAGAAGCACAACGUGAAGAAGAGCGGCACAGAAACUACAUCCAAACAAAGUAUAAACAGCAAAACAGAGCUAAUAUUACAAAGCAGAAAACAUGCUAACAGUAUUUUCGACCUGCUGGAGUAUCUACAGUCUGAAAAAGAGAAAGAGGUCGUUUUUGCGAUUAACGCCUGCCAGAAGUUAUUCUGCGAGUUAAUGGAGAGAGGAGAGCUCUAUGUUGGACAGCUGCCGAAAGAAGAUGAGAUUCUCCAAGGUGAUCGAGAUGCAGAUGAAAAGUACCACAUUUUUAUAAGACACCGCUAUAACAGCUGUGUGGAGCUGCUGCUCGAGAACAUCAGUAACGAAUCUUACCAAGUAAAGGAGAGUGCGCUCUGUGCCGUGAUGAAGUUUGCAGAAGUUGAAGGGAAGCAUCCUCUGCACAAACACGACUGGAGUCAGCAUUACAGUUUUCCCAAAGAGCUCAUUUCAGGAGUGGUCUGGGCUCUGCUCUCAGAGAAAGAGGACAUGGCUCUGCUCAUCUCCAGGUUUCAGGAGUUUCUAGAGAUGGAUGACAUGCGCUACUAUGUCAUGAAUUCAGCACGAGACAACAUACAAAGAGUGAUGGACAGAAACAAACGGGCUGAGAUGCCCGUGUACCAAAACAAUGUCUUUGCACUGCUCACGAACAUCACCAUUCCGAGCCAGGCUUCAGAAAUCACCAACUUCCUGGUCAAGCAGGAGGUUAAACCUGAGGACUGGAAGGCGGCCAAAUUAAAAGAGCACAAGCGGGCAUUUGAGCUGAUGUGGCUGACCUUCCUGAAGUACAAGUUACCCAUGAGCAUGUAUAAAAAGGUGCUGGUCAUUCUGCAUGACUCGAUUCUGCCCCACAUGAGUGACCCCAAGCUGAUGAUCGACUUCCUGACUGCAGCGUAUAACGUCGGUGGUGCCAUCAGUUUACUGGCUCUGAAUGGACUUUUCGUCCUCAUCCACGAGCACAACUUAGAUUAUCCUGAUUUUUAUAAGAAGCUGUACAACCUGCUGGACCCAUCUGUCUUCCACGUGAAGUACAGAGCACGAUUUUUCCACCUCACCAACAUCUUCCUGUCCUCAAGCCAUCUACCAGUUUACCUCGUCGCAGCGUUUAUCAAGCGACUGUCUCGGCUCGCCCUGACCGCUCCCCCGACUGGCUUGCUCAUAGUACUGCCGUUUAUUUGUAACCUGAUCCGCAGACACCCUUCGUGCAGAGUCCUAAUCCACAGACCCAGUGCUGCCGAUGAGAUGUGUGCAGAUCCUUAUGUAAUGGAGGAAGAGGAUCCUGCUGAGUGCCAUGCCCUAGAGAGCAGUUUAUGGGAAAUUAAGAGCCUGCAGAAUCAUUACCAUCCAGAUGUUUCUAAAGCAGCCAAAGCAAUAAACCAAGCUCUACCCAAACCCGAGGAUGAUAUCAGCGAGCUUCUCGAACUGUCCACUUUUGAGCUGAUGGAGCAAGACCUGAAGAGCCAAAGCAAGUCAGUGCCACUCGAGUUUGAUUCAGCCACUGGUUUGCUUCAGAGUCCCAGAGAAGUGCUGGGUCUCCACUUCUCCCUGGAGUAAUCUCUGUACAGUACAACGAUCCAAUGCCGAUCUCUUUCUGUUUCUGUCUUUAAUGUUGUUGUUUUUUUUUUUUUUCCUAUAUUUCCAACAUUGUAAAGGUACAUGCAUCCUAAAGAGUGACUAAAUCUCAAAUAAAGAGAUCAAAUGUUUGUUGGA